CUUUCGUCUUUCUUUACAAAAAUGGAGGAAUACGCACGUGAGCCAUGUCCAUGGAGGAUAAUAGAUGAUUGUGGAGGAGCCUUUUCAAUGGGUGUCAUUGGAGGCAGUGUAUUCCAGAGUAUUAAGGGUUUUCGAAAUGCACCGUCUGGCACUGCUAGGCGGUUGCAAGGAAGUUUAAAUGCUAUUAAACAAAGAGCUCCAGUUGUUGGAGGAAAUUUUGCAGUUUGGGGAUGCCUUUUUUCUACCAUUGAUUGUGCAUUAGUUAGUUAUCGUAAGAAAGAAGAUCCAUGGAAUUCAAUUAUCAGUGGAACAUUAACUGGUGGAAUUUUAGCCGUUCGAAAUGGACCUGCAGCAAUGAUUGGCUCUGCUGUUAUUGGUGGCGUUCUUUUGUCAUUAAUUGAAGGUGUUGGAAUCCUCUUUACAAGAUACUCAGCUGAACAAUUCAAACCAAUAAAUCCACAAAUGGAGGAUCCCAAUCAGUUGAAUACCGGUUCCAUCUUCGGGACUGCAGCCCAAUAGCCCACAGUUGUAGAUUUUAUUAUUUUGUUCAUUCUUCAUUUGUAGAAUAUUUGUACAAACAAGUUUAUAAAUAUAUGUACAUAUAUAUGAUGCAAGAAAGCCUCAUUAUUCAGUGUAUAAUAAUUCAUUUAGAUAAAAUAAUUGAAACA